GUCCGAGUCCCUACCGGAUACACAGAUACACGCAAGAAUCAAUUCAUUCAUCAGCACCGGCGAAAAUCGAUCGAUUCUCGAUUUCUCUCUGCCGUAACGCGGUUCGACUAGACGGACGAUUAGCUAGCUCCGUCCAUCCAGCGAGAUGGCGUCGCUCGCGGCCAAGUUCGUGACGAAGAAAGUCCUCAAGGAAACGGCGGGCAACAAGUUUGGCACUGAUGAUCCGUACUUCGAGCACGUCCCCGCCACGCGGCUCGACGGCACGCCCACCGGGAAGCUCAAGAAGGUCCGCAAGGCCCUGCCGCCCGGCCUGUCCGACCACGACGCCAAGAUCCUGACCAAGGUCAAGAGGCGGGCCUACCGGCUGGACAUGAGCUUCGGCAGCUUCAUGGGGCUCAAGUUUGGCUGGGGCAGCAUCAUCGGUCUCUUCCCUAUCGCUGGCGAUAUCGUGGACGCGCUCCUGGCGCUGAUGGUGGUGCGCACGGCGAAGCAGGUCGAGGGCGGGCUGCCGUUCCAGGUGUGGGCGUGGAUGUACGUGGUGGUGGCGAUCGACCUGGUCGCGGGGCUGGUGCCGUUCGUCGGCGAUAUCGCCGACGCCAUCGUGCUCGCCAACACGCGCAACGCCGUCGCGCUCGAGAACUACCUGCGCAAGAAGGGCCGCAAGAACCUCCGCGACAGCCGCCUGCCCGUGCCCGACCUCGACCCGAGCGACCCCGCCGAGUUCGACCGGCACAACGCCAGCCCCAACCCAGAGUCACCUGAGCACGCGUCGUCCCAGCAGCAAUCUACGCGUCGGGCACAGGCCCAGGCCCAGGCCCGCCCUGACCAGACGAGCGGCGUCCGUCCCGCAGGGUCGCAGCCAUCGCCACCGGCCCAAGCAAGGGUUCGCGACGAUCGACGGGGUGGUGAAGGCAGGGGCUUCUUCGGCAUGGGCAGCAGGCGGUCCCGACCAACCGAUAUCGAGAUGGGUGCCAGGCGGAGCUAGGGAGAGCGAGGGCGGGCAGCGUCAACGAACCGAGGUGGGCGGGGCCAAUAAAUUGGCGUGGUUCACGCGUCGCACUGUGGGUGUAGUUCGUAGCGGGGACGGGGUUUCGUUUCGGGCUGCUUUUUUUCCCAUGAUCUCUACAAAUGGCGGGCGGCAUGGCAGAUUCGGUGUAACGAUGAGCAG